GCCAAGGAGCUGGGACGCAACGCGCAAAUCCAGAGGAUACCAAAAGGCCGAACUCCAGACUCCAGAUUCCACACACACAAGUCACAAGUCAAGGGCCUACACUCGGCGAAAAGAUGUGCGACUGCGGCUGCUACUCGUACUGUCUGCACGACAGCUCCUGCUACAGCCACUACCAUUCGCAUUCGCACUCGCAUUCGCAUCACUGCUGUGCGGGCUACAAGUAUCUCAAGUGCCUCUGUCGCUACUAUCGCCACGGGCACUGCACCUGCUCCUGCUGGCGGCGGAAAUGCUACCUGCUCUAAGGAGGAUGACGGCAAGGACGGUGAGGACGGGCCCUUCCCAGGAUCAGAGUCAGGAUCUGGAUGAUGCCAGAUGAGGCACACAGCUCAACACAACACCACCACACAAAUCACAACUCAAACAACGCAAAUCAGCAAAGAAAUCACACGAUAAAGUCCUUUAAGCAGUUGCAUAACACUUGGCUGCAUCCAAUCGAGCAGGAGUGAAAAGUGGAAAAUGGAAAAUGGUAUGGGGAGGUGGGCAAACCCGAUGGGGAGUGUAGCAAACAACUAGCGUGCAUACGGGUCGUAUGUGCAACGUUUUCAGUUGUCGUUUGAGUGAGUGUGCGUGUGACUGUAACUGCGAGUGAAAACGGUUCAAGGAUGUGGCCAACACUGUUAGCGACUGCGUUUUGCAUUUUGCAUCUGCAAAGUCCCCAUUCACACCCCAAACACACACACUUAAACCCAGUGAAGCAACUCGAAUUAGUGCGUAAGUUUUACUUCACACCUCACAGUACACACUCGAUUAACACCCACAACACAUCGUUAUCGAACUAAAUACAUCCAAUGUUAGAGCGUAGUGCGUACCGAUCGACGUUCCGGAAUUUCGCCAUAUUUGUAACGUUCCAAUCCAACAACAAUCCAAAAUAAAGUUUUAC